AUAAAAACUACAACUGAUAAUAUUAUUGUUCCUCAAUGCGCAGGUGCAAAUACCUGCUUUUAUAGUUGUAUGUUUUCCCGCUUAAAUAACUUACCGAGCACGUGAAUGUGACUGUCUAUGGAUUACUCUUCGUUUUAACAGAAACGAAACGCCGGUGUGAGAGUUGCAUCCCAGCUGCGUUUAAAUAUAACUACGUCACAGUACAGCGAAUGCGGAAGUACGCGGCUGUAGCGUCUUGUUCAGUUACAUUCAUCUUUGUUUGUGUUGAAUCGACGGUUAACAAACUGGUUACAGCCAGUUAGCGUUGAUAUCACAUUUUUAAUGAUGACAUUAAAACAUAUUUUAAUGCGGAACACGGUUAACUAGAAUAAAUACAGAUUAAUUAAAUCUUUAUUGUCUGUCAACGGGUUGAACAAGAGUUUAAUCCGGGCCUACUUCCGGUCACAAGCGGAAGUAGUUGUUUCUUGUUUACAUUCUGUGACGGCUCGAGCUUACUGGAGAACAAAACCGCUAGCUGCUAGUUUCCAUAAUGAUAUGUGACAGCUGAUUAGUUUUAUGCAUUUUAAACAGCUUUAACCUGCAUUUCCUCCCCGCUGUGUGUCGGGUUAUGGCUCCACAUCGAAGUCCCUCCGCUGUCCGGGUCUCGGUCCCUCUCCUCCUGCUCCUCCUCCUCCUCCUGCUGCGGUGUUCGGGGCUGCUGGUCGCGGCGGAGCAGGUCGCUGUGGUGGAGGUUUUCCUGGAGCAGCGGCCCGGUGUCAGCGCUCUGUUCGAGGGGGAGGUGGUGGAGUCCAGCUCCGAGCACCGAGACGAGGACCAGGAGGAGCUGGAGGGAGAGCUGGUCCUGGUUCAGGAUGAGGAGACCCAGGUGAGCAGAGGCAAAGAUGAGGACGACACCAAAGAGCAGGAGCCGUGGAUCGGGCUGGUCCCUGUGGAGAUUGAUGACAGCAAAGCCUCAACGGGAAACCAGGAGUCCUUUGCUGAUGGCAUGGUGAAUAAAAUGAAGCGAGCCUUGGUCCUCGGAGCAUCUGCGCUCAUCAUCCUGGCUCUCAACCAAAACUCAGUCAGUGAGGUAAACCUACACAGGAUGGAUCUGUCUCAGGUGCUGUCCAAGCCCAUCAUUGUAAUCCAGACUUCUGAAAAUGUCACAAAGCUGAUUGGAGCUCUGCUCAGGGGUCUUCAAGCGACAGCGAAAAUCACCUACAAGACGAUCCUGCAGGACAACCUGGGAGCCACGCUCACACUGUGGUCCAGCUGCGGGCGAUCGAGAGGAGGACGCUACGGAGAGUGGCAGGGGGUCAUCUGCACGGGAGAGACCAACUCCCAGGUCCAGAAGUACCUGCAGCAGCUGUGGGACACGGUCCUCUUGGUGGCUCUGAUCCUCAGCACCGGGGUCAUCGUUCAUGCUCGCUGGCAGUACCAGGACCAGCAGCUCCACGACGAGCUCCAGCUCCUCCCCAAACAGGACGUCCUGAAGAGAAUGUCGUCUCUCAAAACCAAAACUUACCGUCAGCCCAAACGCUGGUGUGACCCGACCCAGCCGGCAGAGACCGACAACUGUGCCGUCUGCCUGGAGCCGUUCAACAACAACCAGUGUCUGCGCGUGCUGCCGUGUCUCCACGAGUACCACAGAGAGUGUGUGGACCCCUGGUUGUUGCUGCAGCACACCUGUCCUCUGUGCAAACGCAGCAUCCUCAGCAGCGUCUGCAAAGACAGUUAAUGAUCGCCCGCCUUGGACUCAUUCUCAGGAGCAGCUCUGGUCUUGUCUCUUCCUCGGUGUCACUCCAGUAGCCUUUUUUCCAGUGGACCUCACGCCUCCUCCUCUUUCUCCUCCUCCUCCUCCUCCUCCCUCCUCAAUCUGGGACUCUCGGAGCAAAUACAAACUUUCCCCAGCAUCCAGCCGGGGGUCUGGACUGUGGAGCAGUCUGGCACUGACGUAUGAACACACUACUUUGACGUACUGUUUUGUGAGCGGUACUUCUUCCUGGGAUCAUGUUACUGUACACUCGUUGACAUGCUGUUGUUUGUCUGCUUGAUGAUCUGCAGCGGUGAAACUUCAAACUUCUGCUCUCUGAGCGGCAGAGCGGCCGUGUGUUUGGUUUUGAACUCUGAUAACCCCCGAGCCAGUGUUUAAGAGUCAGUCAUGUGUGCAUGAAGACUUCAAGCUUUAUGAUCUUAUCCAGAUUCAGUGUUCACUUUAGGUCCAAAUGAUGUCAAAAACUCACUAACAAGGUCAAACAGGAGAGAUGUGGCGUUUAAUGUUAGCUGUACAGGAUGUGUGGAUGGUGAGAAGUGCAGCAGGACGGUGAGUUUGCACUUGUUCUUAAAAUGCCUUAAGACUAAACCGGAGAGAGAAGCAACCUAACAAUGAAGGAUUCAGAUGUUCAACAUGUUCCCUGGGUUACACUUGGUAGAGUUUGUGGCCAAAGCAGACUUCAGUUCUUUACAAAAGCAGUCAUGACUGAUCGUGUACUCCUCUGACGCACGGCUGCACAGCUGAUCCUUAAAACAGCUCAUACUGAAACACACCGUCAUCACCUGCUGCAGCGACACUUCUCUUCAGAGAGGACUCCUCCCUGUUUUUGGUGCUUUUGUUUUGUCCAACUCAAGGAAGAGUGUCAGACUUUUUUGGGUUGUAGACUUGCUCACUUUCUUUUUAAAUAUGAAGCUACACGAGCAGCCAGUUCUCAUAAACUACGGUGGCUGGGAAGUGCAAUGAGAAAUGAACAAAGGAUGGAACACUUUUACAAAGGUGGAGAGAAAUUUACAUUUUGGAGACAAAUGGCAGAUUCUACCAGAAAUGGAAUGUACCAAAUACAGGAAGUGAUCUGGGGGUGAUGGAGUGAGCGGUUUGUUGAUCAGACUGCAGUCAAGCCAGCCUCCACGACCUUCUUGUGGAAUAGGGAUUUCAGUAAAAGUGCACAACAACAGAUUUAACUUAUUAUUUUCAAAAUAAAAGCAAUUGAAUGAG